AUGGAUUUACAAUCGAAUUUUAGUAAAAGAGUAUCUGACAGGAACGGAUUCCAAUUGUAUGUUGAUAGGGCCAAGAAUUUAAUUUACAUAGUGACCUCUCAAUUACUCCAUGAGGAUCAAUAACCCUUAACCAUCAACUGUCUCGGGAUUAUUAUCUAAUAUUUUUAGCUCACGUAUUUAAUGUUCAAUUCAAAGAUUUAGAAUAUUUGGAAAAAUCAGCCUAUAUCUGAUGCGAUCAGCUAUUUUCUCUCGUGUUUCCUCCUCUCCCCCUACACAAAUUCGUACUCUUCACUUAUUAUAUUACUCUACCUUUGUAUAGGAAUGUUUACUUUAUCAACGAUGUUAAGCUUUUUUGUAGGACUAAGGCUAAAUAAAAGGAAACAAGAAAAUAAUUGGAUAAAAAAAGGUUUAAAGAUAUUGAUCAAUUUAUUCUUAUCAAUCCUUUAUUUGCCAAUUAUUGAUGUAUUUAUAUCGAUAAUCGAUUGCGGCUUUGAUGAAAAUGGAGUUUAUGUUCACAAUUAAUUUUCAGAAUAAAAUUGCUGGGUUGAUACACAUAUUCUCCAUGGUAUAGUAGCAAUUGUAUUCUCUAUUUUAUUCUAUUGUUAUUGCAUCUGUUUUGCAAUGAUUUAUUACGAAUCGAGGUACAUUCCCACAAAUCCAAACUCAAAGACUAGUGGAAGACCAUUAAUCGUGCUAUUUACAUAUCAACUAAUCCAAACUUCUUUUCAAAAAUUAGUUGAUCGGAACAAUAACCAAUACUUUUUGUUCAUCUUACUUAUCGGUGGGAGUUUCAUAAUUUUUUAGAAAUUUCACACUGAAUUACCCUAUAAUCAAAAGAUUAUAUAGAAGUUUUGGUCUAUUACAGUAACCCUAAACGUUUGGGGAACCUUACUACUUUGUUGCUCAAUGUUUUUGGAGAAGGUAAUAUUUAAUGGCAUCAUCUAUGCCUUUAUCACAGGAUUGCCCUUGCUGAUAUUAAUUGUAUUCAGAAUGGAGAAGCUGAAUUUUGAUUUAUUACUGAUCAAUCACUCGAAGGUAAGCGAUGUUUAAGAUAUAAUCAAUCAAACAAAUUAUCUCCUAAAAUUACUGCAUUUUAUUAAGACAGACAGCGAUGCCUAAAUUAUAGUAGACGGUUAUUUGGAAAUUCACAGAGUUACUUGUGUUAGAGAAGACUGUUACCUUAAAAUUAAGAAUUAGCCAAACAUCAGAUUGUCUAAUUCCUUAUUAAGGGAUUCAACACUCACAGAGAGAGAAACGGAUUUAAUAUUUGUCUUAGGUUAAAUUUAUUAUAAUCAAAUUAAACGAUUCCCAGAAUCAGUGACAUUAAGGGUUAGGUACUCUUUCCUAUUGUCUGAUUAUAUGAGAUAAUUGUAACAGGCAUUUAAUGAACUUACUUAGGCUGAGUAGAUAAGUCCAUCUUUUGAUGAAGAGUUUAUAAUCCUAAGAAAGAAGUUUAUUAUAUAAGAAUAAUUAGAUUCCUUUUAGAAUGAAAACUUUGGGAAGGUUGACGUUGCUUCAGAAAUAUCGUUUCAAAACAAUUAUAGAUAACUAGUGUAGUAUAUAGAAUAAACAACAUUAUCACAAAUGGAAUUUUGGUCAAUUUUACAAGAAGACUUCCCAGAUCUUGCUAAAGUAUACUAAAUUGGUCAGAAGAUCAACAAAUUAUUUAAUUUGAUAGAUUAAUUAUGGGUUAAAAUAUAGAAGGCUUCUUCUAAUAUAUCUAAAGCGAUGAGAUUGUAUGGAUAAUUUAUAAAUGAUGUCUUAUAAGAUGAAGAUUAUGGAGAGCAACUAUUAAAAAAGUCAGAACUAUACUAAUAAUAAGUUCAAUAAAGAAAGAAGCAAAUCAUUUAGUUUAUUGCAGGUGAUGAAAUAGGAUUUGAAUAAUAGGCAACAGUAAUAGUAUCAACAUCGAUGGAAAAAUUUGCCUUGGUUAUUACUCUUAAUUAAUCCUGUUGUCACCUUAUAGGGUAUACUAAAUAGGAAAUUAUCAAUAGGAAAAUUAAUUUAUUUAUGCCCAACUUGUUUUAGAAGUUUCAUGAUUAAUAUAUUGAAAGAUUUCUCCUUACGAGUGAUAUAAAGAAUAUUAAUAAAGAUAGAUUUAUAUUUCUAAAAGAUAAACAAAAUUAUAUUUUGCCUUGUUACAUUGUCUUGAGAAUAUUACAUACAAUUGAUGAAAAUGUGAAUUUGGCAGCUUAAUUUAUUACUGUCAAGGCUUUCAAGCCCAGCUGUUACAUAAUAGUAGAUCAAGAAUACAUUAUUGACUCCAUCUCAGCAACUGCAAUUCAGUUAUUAGGAAUAGAAAACAAACAUGUAAUUAAUAAGAAAAUCAGAUUUGAUCUAUUAUUCCCUGAAUUCAUUGAAAAUCUAACAACCUAUAUGACAAAAUUUGGAGGAAAAAUCAAGUAUGACCAAGAAAAUUUUCUUAAUUAAUUUUCAUUAUCUAAUCAAAAUACCAUUGAAAAACAACAAGACUUCACUUGCACUAUGAGAGAGAUAGUUAAUAUUACCACAAAUGAAGUUAUGGGAUUUUAUAUUAAGUUGGAAUUGUGUGAAUAGUAUAUUUAGAAUUCAAAGGAACUCUUAUUACCAUUAAAGUAAGUUUCAUAGAAUCUUUAAUUUAAAUAUAUAAUAAAUUAGAAAUUGUAUUUGGGUGAAUUUGUUGAUGAUAAUAAUUCAAAGUUAUCUCAAAGCAUUCUAUGGGAUUAAGUUGACUAAUCUUCUUUAGGGUCUUCAAAUCAAAUUAAUAAUGAAACUACUCAUUAAGAAUCUAAUCGACGCAGAACAAUAAGACUAUCAGAUCAUGAUAAACCAGUCAUUAACUAUGCUGAAAACAUUAGGGUUCUGCGACUCUUCUAAAAUUAAAUUUAGGAAAUUGAUGAUAAAGAUAAUAAUAUAUCUGAUGAUGAAGAGAAAGAAAGUGUAUUCCAAAUAUAACAAGAUUUAAAUCCCAUAAAUGAUCAAGAAUAGGUUGAAAACAAUAUUUUUCGUUCUAGAAAAAACUUAGAGAGUAUUAUUACAUCAAAUGUAACACCUAGGGUUAUUGUAAAGGUUAAAUGGAUUAGCAAUAUAAUAAUCCUGAUAAUUCUUAUACUCUCUUUUAUUGAUUAUUUCAUUACUAUCAACUAAACAGAUGAGAUUUUUAAUACAAUCUUAUUGGUGAAGGAUGGAAACUUAAGAAAUAGCGAAUUAGGUAUUAUUUUGAGCUCAAUUUUUAACUUAUAGUUGUUAAAUAAGAAUGUAUUCAACCUAACAGAUGAUUAGGCUAAAAUUUAUGAAUUGGACUAGAGGUCUAAUAUGAAUGAUUCCAUUAAUAAUGUAAACAUAUUGAAUCAAGAAAUUGUAGCUAAAGCAAGUAGUUUGACAUAGUCAAAUUAUGAUUUUGAAUUUUCUAACAAAAAUGUCUAAAUCUAAGUUGACACACAUGGUCAAUUCGAAUAUUAUGAUUUAAAUUAGGCUAUUUAAUAGAUUCUUAGUAAAUCUUUGGCCAUAAGAGAUAAGAAGUUAAGCAUAAUAAAUCUCGAGGAUUCAGAUGUCAAUUUUGUUAUUAGGAAUUGGCUUAAUAGUAUAUAGUUGUAUUUGAAGGAAUCAUCAAAUAAUUUGAUAGAUAAUUUAAUUUAAAAGACAAUGGAAAAGAUUGGGAUCUUUGUAGUGUUAUUGGUUGUUUCUAUAUCUACUAUUAAUAUUGGACUCUUUCUAUUAAUAAUUGCUCUCAUAUCUGUAUCUCGUUCUCAAAGUGAGAUAGUAAGUCUAUUCUUAGAUAUUCCAGAUAAAACCAUUCGAUAUUUGUAUCAUAAAAGUGAGAACUUCCUUACAAAUCUCCAAAUCGGAGAGGAUGACGAUUUAAUGUCUGAGAAUGAUGAAAACAUAGAUAAAGAAGAAAAUGCACAAUUGCAAAAGACUCUAAAAUCGAAAAGAACAAAAAAGAAAUACAAAAAUGCCAAUAAAGAAUAUAGGUAUUUUAUUUAUAUCAUAAUUUUCAUCUUAAUCCUAAUACAAGGCUAUUUCAUCCUGACUUACUUUUUAAGUGGAGCAUCUAUCUAAAAUAUCCACACUCUUAGUAGUGAAUACAAUUUGACCGCAAGAACUGAGCAAUUUUAUAGAUUUGCAGAAAUUUGCUAAAGAUCCUUAUUCUAUUCUCGGAAUAUGAAGAUACUUGAAAAAGACCCUUACGAUGCUGUAGUUGAAAAUUAGGAUGAGCUAUAUUCUCAUAAUUCUUAUAUGUAAUAGCUUCAUUCAUUAAAUAUUGAUUUGUUAUAACAAAAAUUCGUUGACGCAUUCAAUUCAUUAUACAUUGAGGAUCCUUGUCAGGUAGUAAUAGAAUAGGAUUAGUCAAUUGAUGCAUAGUCUUGCGCUUUAGCAAUGGAUAGUGGUUUUUCAUAAGGAUUGAAUGUGGGUGUUCCAAGAUUUUUUGAAAAUGCAAGAUAUUUAAGGACUAUAUAUGAUCAAUUCUAUAACAAUUCAAAGGCUAAUUUCACAUUACUUGCCAGGGGUUUUGCAACGUUUAAAAACAUAACAAAAGAAAAUGAUAACAGCACUAAUUUCAUUCUGAAUCUUAACAAUUUCUUGCAUGCCAAAGAAAAUCGGGAGAUAUAGCAUCACUAUUUUAAAAAUGCUUUUAGAUACUUGACUAAUCAGUUUAUUUAAGGACUAAAUAAAGAACUGGACAAUUUGAAAUUAUAAAGAUUAGCAAUUUUUAUACUUUUUGAAGUAUUACUUUUUGUGAUUUACUUUUUAUUAUGGAUGCCUUUAGCAUUGAAGAUGGCAAAGGAUAUAUGGAGCACAAGAGCCAUGAUAUUGAUGAUACCUCUAAAAAUAAUUUUACGAAUUAGAUCAAUCAAGGAUUAUAUAAGGAAUUAAAUACAAGAAGGAGAUUAGGAUAGUUGA